AAGGAUCCGUUUUGGCGGGCGGUUGGCAUUGCGCAGAAGGCGGCGGUAGCGGUGGCUUGUGGUUGCCGCUUUACCACAGAGGAACCGUGCAGGCCUUAGUGUGAGAGAUCACUUUAGAUCCCGGGGAAGGCCAUAGCCACAAUGCCUAACUGCAUGCUUCCAACAUGGGGCUGGUUUUAACCCAGCGCUCUGACCUAAAGUGCUCAGCUCCCGGAAAUUCCAAGGAGCCUCGUGGCCGUACUCCUUCAGGUGGAAAAACACGUACGAGACAUGGGAAAGAAGACCAAGAGGACAGCCGACAGCUCUUCUUCAGAGGAUGAGGAGGAGUAUGUGGUGGAAAAGGUGUUGGACAGGCGCAUGGUUAAGGGACAAGUGGAGUAUCUGUUGAAGUGGAAAGGCUUUUCUGAGGAGCACAAUACUUGGGAACCCGAGAAGAACUUGGAUUGUCCUGAACUAAUUUCUGAGUUUAUGAAAAAGUAUAAGAAGAUGAAGGAGGGUGAAAACAACAAGCCCAGGGAGAAGUCAGAAGGAAACAAGAGGAAAUCUAGUUUCUCCAACAGCGCUGAUGAUAUUAAAUCUAAAAAAAAGAGAGAGCAAAGCAAUGAUAUUGCUCGGGGCUUUGAGAGAGGAUUGGAACCAGAAAAGAUCAUUGGGGCAACAGAUUCCUGUGGCGACUUAAUGUUCUUAAUGAAAUGGAAAGACACAGAUGAAGCUGAUCUGGUUCUUGCAAAAGAAGCUAAUGUGAAAUGUCCACAAAUUGUGAUAGCAUUUUAUGAAGAGAGACUGACGUGGCAUGCAUAUCCAGAGGAUGCGGAAAACAAAGAAAAAGAAAGCGCAAAGAGCUAAAGGAGGAGGCAGUCCCUGUCAUUUCUCUUUGUAUAUAACACCUUCAUCUUCCUGCCUCUUCUCUUCUCCCAGCCCCUUUCAAUUCUAAACACAUCCAUAAAGAUAAUGUGCUUAUCACUGUGCUCCACGGGAGAGACGUUGGUGUUGGUUCUCUUGUAAUAUAAUUGAUGAUCUGAUUCCUGAGUGUAGCUCUGUGAAAGUCAGGCAUUACAUCAUUUACAUGCUGUGUGGUUCCCAUAGUGGUCCCUUUCACCCUGAUCUUUUCCUUCUGUUCCCCUGUAACUUUUUAAUCACCUUAGAGUCAUGAUCUUUGGGGUUGGUUGGUUUGGAGGGAUUUUAUUAUAAUGACGAUGACUUCAGUUUCUUGAUUAUUAUUAGAAUAUAUUGAUGACCA